UCGUAGCGAGGGCACGUUCGUUCGUUGUCCACUCUCGCCUGUACUCGCUGGUGUUUUUCUGUGUUUACGCGGAGUUAACCCGAUUUUACCCAGGAUUUUGGACGGAUUUUUCAUCGCACUUUUCGCGUAUUUUGUGUUAGUGAACUGUAGCACUGUCUUACUUUUCACAUUCUCACCGAUUUUGAACUGUUCAGUACGAAGUUAUUCAGACGUUGUUUUUUUUCAACGGAAUUCCAAAUACAUCGUGAUUACGGAACGUUCACUGCAUUUUACUGGAUAUUAUUGCAUCUUACUUCGUUGCAUUUCUUGUGUCCUGUGCCACAUCCUUUAAUAUUUGUGCAUCUUUUCCCAAUAUUUUAUAACCCUUUAUAACGCUCUUUUUUACAUCGUUUUUAACGGCCACCCACUCAAAUUCAAACAAAUUUAACGUUUUUUAGUGCACACACUAGUUUCAUUAUUCUGGAGCCUUGCGUAUAAAAAAUAUAAUCAGUGUUUGUUUAUUCAAUUCUGUGACCCACAUAUCGUUCGUGCGCGCUUCGAAUCCAUUCAAACGUUUGAGGUUAUGUCGCUACCCUUUGACUGCAACCCCUCCGUCACAAUCCACCCCUAUCUGUGCACAAAUCAACUGUCAGCGCUUUGAUCUGUGCCUCGCCGCUAUCACAACGAAACGAAUGCAGUAACGGUCUCGCGUGCCGUCCACCCCCCGUGCCGAUUCGUCAGUUCGGAAUCGUGGAACUUACAACUCCGCCGUCGGAACCGAGAAAGUCGGCCCGUUUUGUGGUUAGUCGCGCUGUUGGAGUGUUUUUUAUCGGUGCAAUUCGUUAACUGGUUGCACUAGACUUUCCUCGCGACUAGUUAUUGUUUUAUAUAUAUAAUUAUAUAUAUAAUUGUACAUAUAUAAAGCGGAUCUUGUUGGAAACUCGACGGUGGUUAUCGGUGACGAGACCGCAGCGAAGCUCUGGAGUGAAAAAUCGUGCUCGUAGCAUGGAAAGUGGAAGUGGGGCGUUGUGUGAGUGCGCCGUGUGGGUUGUGUGAGUGCGUUUCACGGUGGCCGGAACGGGAACUUCGGGAGGCUGGACGCAUGCAGUGAUGGGGGUCCUCCGAUGGCGCGACCGCAGCAGCAGACACGCGGCGGAAGCCGGCGUCUCCAGCUCCACCAGCUCGCUGGCCUCACCUAGCUCGCCGACCCAAAGCAUCAUGACGUCAGCCAACGAGAGCUCGCGGGAGGAAUCUCGGAGUUCGAAGGAUCGGGAAGGGAGUCAAGCCCUCCUGGAGGACACUCUCCGGGGACCAACCCCAUACCCGAUGGUGGUGCUACCUGUCGGCGGUGGAUACUGGCUCGACUGCCAGGAAAAACCAGACUCCACCUGCCCCUCCUCACCCACGUGGCGGCCCAAAAUCGAAACCGAUGACACCGCCAAGUGCUACCGAAAAUACUUCCUCGGAAGGGAACACCACAACUUCGUCGGCGAGGACGAGUUGCUGGGCCCGGUGCUACUCUCUGUGAAGACGGAGACAAACAACGACGAAGAAUACCUGAGGCUGCUCCUCAGGCUCCGAACGGGAACCACCCACGACCUCAUCCCCGCUGCGUGCGCCAAUAGCUCCGGUCCAUACCACUUGGCCAAGCUGUUGAACGAGCAGCUGACGUUGGUGAACUGGGCGCCGGUGAUGCACCCGCGGUGCUCGCACCUGAUCGCGGCCUACGACGAGCGGAUCAUCGUGUCGCAGUUCAAGUUCGGGGUCCUCUACCAGCGGCCCGGGCAGAUCACCGAGGAGCAGAUCUUCUGCAACCGACACUCCUCGCCCGCCUUCGACGAGUUCCUCCAUGUCCUCGGACAGCGCAUCCAGCUCAAGGACCACAAAGGUUACCGAGGAGGUCUGGACACACAGUUCGGUCAGACGGGUGACGAGGCUGUUUACCACGUUUACAAGGACCGAGAAGUCAUGUUCCACGUCUCCACCCUCCUACCGUACACAGAGAACGAUCCUCAGCAGCUUCAAAGGAAAAGGCACAUAGGAAACGACAUUGUAGCCAUCGUUUUUCAAGAAGCUAACACACCAUUUUCUCCUGACAUGAUCGCAUCUCAUUUCCUUCAUGCAUUUAUUGUAGUUCAACCAAUCGACCCAUGCACCCCUGAUACAAGGUACAAAAUUAGUGUUGCUGCAAGAGAUGACGUUCCAUUCUUUGGACCCAGUUUACCAAAUCCUCCUAUCAUCAGGCGAGGUGCAGAGUUACGGGAUUUCUUACUCACAAAAUUAAUAAAUGCCGAAACCGCCUGCUACAAAGCCGACAAGUUUGCAAAACUUGAACUGAGGACAAGAGCAUCCCUCUUGAGUUCUCUUUGCGAUGAGUUGAAAGAGAAGACAAGGGAAUUUCUCGGUGGGGAAUCCACGGAGUCUGUGAAUGAAUCUCAUCGAUCGGAGAGUAACGGAGCUGGCAGCCGAUUUAUAGACACUGUCCGGAAAGCUCUCAUUGCUCGAGUGCGAAAUCAGAAUCAAGAGACAAAUAACAACAAUACCAAUAAUAACAAUAACACAUUAAAUGGAAUGAAGAAAAGUGUGACCCCAACCGAAACACCAACAGUUAAUGGACGAAAUUCACUCUCAAAAAGCAGUAUUGGAAGCAGAAAAAGUGCCCCGCCUUCUCCUCCCUCUAGUCCAGACAUUCGCCCCACUCGAUCGCAGAGGAUGGGACUGUGUUCCAGUGAGUCCUCAUCUUUAAGUUCUGUCGAUCUUGGUGGUGGCGGCGGCGGCGGAGCUGGAGACAGUGAUACAGGGCUGGAAAGUCUCUCCUCAGCAGAAACGCCCCAGCAGCAGUGUGCCCUGACACAUGAAAUAACUCGUUUAAAGUGUGAUAAAUUAGAUUUACUACGGCAGAAUGUGACGUGUCAAAGAGAAAUUAAAAGACUUAGAGAAAAAGAACUUCAGUUGUUGUCAGACCUAGAUGCCGCAUCAAAAGAAAUCUUGAGGCUGCGGGGCUUACUAAAAGACUUCUCCACUUGCAAUAUCGAAGGAUCACCCGUCUAAGAAAUAUUGUACUAUUUAAAUUAUUUAUAAAUGUAUAGUGUUCAGACAUUUGUUAUUUCCUUUCUGUAAUAUUUUGUUUCAAUUGUUUUGUUCAGUUUUGAGUAAUUUUAUUUUUGCAGACACAGUGUUCUGGACGCACCUUUUUCAAUUCAUUUCUGAAAUGAAUCUUCUCAAAAUAUUUCAAAGACUCAAAGUCAUGGAAAUGACUUAAAUUGUCUGUUGUUCGGUUAAAAUGACAUCACUUGUGAAGAUCUGUUCCUUGAAGAAACAUUUUCAGUUUUUUUUAAUUGUUUUGAAGUAUCUUUUGGUUUUCAAGAUACAUGAAGAUUAUUUUAUAUUUUUUGACUUUAUUCAGCCAAAAGACUAGAGACUUAUCAUGAACCAUGAUAAAAAGCAAGGAGAGGCAAUUUAAGUUUUUUGCCUCAUUUUUUUUCUUUUGAAAAGAGCAUCAUGAUGUAGAAAAAAAAAAUCCCUAAUGCAUUCUUAUCACUUCUACUGAACUCAAGUGGCAUUUAUAAAUUGUGCAUCUUAUUUUUACACUAUAUACGCAAGUCGGAAAUAGAAGUGGUCUAGCUCAAUUGCAGCAUUUCAGAAUUUCACUGAACUUCAAUUUUUUAUUAAAGAACUCUUAACUCACUGAACCUAUCCUUUUCCACAUUGCCAAAAAAAAUAACUGCAUUUUCUGCAGUAGGUAUCGGUUUUAUAUUAUGUCACGUUAUAUUUUAAAUAAACUAGUUGCAGAAAUGUGGAAAUUUUGCAAUGGAGCUAUACUUCAUUUACAACCAACGACUCAAAUGAGAGAUCAUUUAAAGUUUCAUCAGACAUAUCAUUUUCUCAAAAGUCCAAAUUUUUUAUAAAAUUUUCUGUAAGUGAUAUUUGUCACUCCCAAUUUUUCUCUGAUGUACGUAAGAAUUUUUUAUUUACAACAGCACUAACAAGUCAAUUUCUUUCUCAAGACUCAAAAACUGUUCUCUGCUCAAUAGGCUAUUUCUUCAAAAUAUUUGGCUUUGAUUGUAUAAUUUUUUAGACUAUCCGGGGAAUAGUUAUAGACCAGAAAUUUAACAUUACGGAUUGCACUAUAUUUCUUUUAUUUAACGAAAGAUUUUCUAUCUGAACGUACCAUGGACACAUAAAGUAAUUUUCUCAUGUAAAUAAUUUUUAUAUUAAGUCUGUCAGCACCAACCUUAUGACCUUUUGCAAAUUCACUUAUUUUAAUUUUAAGCGCAUAUUGUUACUUUACGUCAAUUUUGAGUUUUUAUCAUCGCUUCAGGAUGUCCAUUAAGCCAGUUUCAAUAUAUAUUCACAUUAAACGUUUAUUUUCUCUCCUACUUAUGUGCUACAACUAAAUUGGAGAGUCAAUAUUGAUACUCAAACUAGAAAAACACAUAUUUCAAUCAAGGUGUUUCAAAAUUUCAGCUCAUUUUUUAAAGUUUCUCGGAGAAUAUUCACCAAUGUUUUGGCUGCAAUUUUCGGAAGGCAAAAGUCACACCAUGUUCCAUACAGUAACAUCAAAUAAAACUUCAAAAUUGCUGAGGAGUCCGUAAAAAAAACAGUCAAUUAGAUGAGAAACAGUACAGAGAAAAAGCAAUGAGGAAAAGAAAUCCGUGUAGUAAUAUAAUUCAUUUUAUCCUGAGAAACUCCUAUUUUUCAAAAAGUAAAACAACUUAUCCCAACGAGAAGCAAGCCAUCAUGAUCUGAGGUCUAUGUUUUUCUAGUUUCAUAAUCAAAAUUCAAUCCCUGGUUAAAUUCAAUUUAUGAGAAUCUUUUCAACCAUCCUGACUAUAAGUGUACUGAAAACUUACAUUUGAUGUCUAAUUUUUUCCCCGGGCCAUAGGAUCUGAAUAUUUGUCCCUUCACAGCCACUAACCUCUCCCUACAGUUUUCUUCUUUCGUAACUUCGAUGAUGGAGAAUACUGAAGUAUCUUGUAUCUCAGGCAUUAUAGUGUAUUUCUUUCAUUUUUCAACGAAAACAAUAUUGCCUACGUACCAUUUGGAAGGAGCCCUUAUUUUCCGAAUGAGGUUUACAUCAUAGAAAAUGAGUUGCCUCUUCCCCUUUGCUGAAAGAUUUUAUUGGCAACUAAUUUAUUUGAACUUCAUAGUGUCAUGAAAAGCAACAUUUUUCUCCAAAAACUAGAGUAUUUGCGAUCUUUUUGCAGUAUUGGGUCAUCUCCUGGAAAGAUUCUUUAUCAAUGCAGAUACUGCGGAAUGAAAUUAAAUGUUCGAAUCUAACCACAAUCUGUCCAAGAGUGAUAAUAUUAGCAUUUUAUUUAAGGCAUGAAAAAAACAGUGUCAAACAGUUCUUGGUUGCCCCUUUAGUUAGCCUCAAUCAGACUGGUCCCCAUAAUCUUUUUAAAUACUCAGGUCCUUAUACCAUGCCUGUUAUUCCAGAUAAUUUUUCUCCCUCUCUCAAAGGUCUCUUCACAGUUUUCUAUAAGUUACCAGAUCUAUCUCUUCUUACGGGUAUUUCAUGUAAUUUUCAUGUAUUUUUGCUUCAUUAUCUGACCCACAUGAAAGGGUUAAUUUUCAUUUUUGCUGUUAUUCAGAGCUAUAGAAACUUACACAAAACGUAAAGAUACAUUAUUUUACAGUAUGAUACGUGUUGCGAUGAGUCAAAGGGCCUUUAACUGUCAGAGAAAUUUUUUUAUUGAUGGUGAUCUGUAAACAAUUUUUGUCGUACAUACUAACUUCACCUUUCCUCUCAUUCCCAAAAUUUCCUUUUAGGAAAAGGUGUUGCCAAUUGUUCUUAGCAGAGAGAGAGCAUUCAUACAGGAUAAAAACAGCCAAGUCUAGGUAUUUUCUACUCUUUCAAGCAUAAGUACCCUCUCAACCAACAUCUAAAUUUAGAUUUGUUUGGAAUCUAGUUGAGGCCCUGUUGUCAAACAUAUCACGUAUUAAAUCUGCUCAAAUAAAUCUUUCUAAAAUUCAAUCCUUAAAAAUUAAAAUGAUGUUUGAACAUAUUUGCUCAAUACUAGGUUUGAUCAUGUUUGCCACUGAAGCAGUUCAAACUUCCCAAUAUUCAAAUGUUCAGCCUAGCUGCGCAUCUUGAGCUUGUAAUCGUUGGUAACAUCUUACUUUGUGAAUCUUUCAUCUUCGAUCUUUUUUUACAUGCAUUUGAUUCAUGUAAUGACACUAAGACAGUAAGCUUGCUUUUUGAAGAACAUGUUUUCUCUUGUACACUUAUACUUGUAUGUGUGCGUUAUUCCCAGAAUUUCUGUUAAGUAGUGAAUUUUUUUGUUUUGUUUGAACAAUGAUUUAAUCACUGUCCCGACUUCAUUUAGGUACUUAAAAGUAAGAGCUCUUUCUUAAAAUAAUGCGCGCAGUACAAAACCAGUGCACAAAAAAGAUGAUUUAAAAUAAUUCUUUGGUUUUCAUUAUUCUCUACUGGUUAUAGUUUCUAUUUCUUUUACAACUUCUCCACCAUUCAAACUUCUGACUGUUUGGUCCUGUAUAAUGGAUGGAUACGUCCAACCUUACAAGAUACUGUAAAUAAAAACAAAGUUGAUCUAUUUUGAAUGAAUUGUAUUAACUGUUAACAACAGUUCUAACUGUUAUGUACAAUUAGUGUACAGAGAGACUAGCUGCGUAACUUAACUUAAGCAUUAUUUGUAUAGGUCAAGUUAACUUUUUCUCUUUUUUUUUUAAAAAAAAAUUGUACAUACUGUAAUUGUACUGCAAGCAUAUACCAAAGGUUAUUAAAGUAAUGUCUCACAUUC